AUGGACCUGAGCGCGGCCGCCGCGCUGUGCCUCUGGCUGCUGAGCGCCUGCCGCCCCCGCGACGGGCUUGAAGCGGCCGCAGUGCUGCGAGCGGCGGGGGCAGGGCCGGUCGGGAGUCCGGGGGGAGGCGGCGGCGGCGGCGGCGGCGGGCGGACCCUCGCCCCGGCUGCGGGUGUCUCCGCUGCCCCGGCCGCCGCAGCUCCCGGAGCCCGCGCCGGGCGCCGGGCCGCCGGCUCCGGCUUCAGGAACGGCUCGGUGGUGCCGCACCAGUUCAUGAUGUCGCUUUACCGGAACCUGGCCGGGAGGGCUCCGGCCGGGGCAGCCGCCGCCUCCACCUCGGGCUCUGGCCGCCACGGCCGCGCGGACACCAUCACCGGCUUCGCAGACCAGGCGAACCAAGACGAAUCGCCCGCCGAGACCGGCCAAAGCUUCCUGUUCGACGUAUCCAGCCUUCCCGACACCGACGAGGUGGUGGGAGCCGAGCUGCGCGUCCUGCGCCACGAGUGCCCGGAGCUGGGCCCAGGCGGCGCCACUCCCCCGCCGCUGCUGCUGCUGCUGUCUACCUGCCCCGGGGCGGCCCGAGCGCCCCGCCUGCUGCACUCGCGGGCCGCCGAGCCCUUGGCCGUAGCGCGCUGGGAGGUGUUCGACGUGGCAGACGCCGUGCGGCGCCACCGCCAGGAGCCGCGUGCCACCCGUGCGUUCUGUCUCUUGCUGCGCUCAGUGGCCGGUCCCUCGCAGGGCCCGCUGGCACUGCGGCUGCUGGGUUUCGGUUCACCGGACCGGGGCCGCGUAGCGGCGGAAGAGCGCGCUCUGCUUGUCGUCUCCUCCCGCACGCAGAGGAAGGGGAGCCUAUUCCGGGAGAUCCGCGCCCAGGCCCGCGCGCUCGGGGCCGCGCUGGCAGCGAAGCCGCCUCUUGACCCGGGACCCGGCACUGGGUCGCCCACGGCGGUCAUCGGCGGUCGCAGGCGGCGGCGGACGGCGCUGGCCGGGGCGCGAGCGGCGCAGGGCAGCGGCGGGGGCGCGGGCCGGGGACACGGGCGAAGGGGUCGGAGCCGCUGUAGCCGCAGGCCGCUGCACGUGGACUUCAAGGAGCUGGGCUGGGACGACUGGAUCAUCGCGCCGCUGGACUACGAGGCGUACCACUGCGAGGGCGUUUGCGACUUCCCGCUGCGCUCGCACCUUGAGCCCACCAACCACGCCAUCAUUCAGACGCUGCUCAACUCCAUGGCUCCCGACGCGGCGCCGGCCUCCUGCUGCGUGCCCGCGCGCCUCAGCCCUAUCAGCAUCCUCUACAUCGACGCGGCCAACAACGUGGUCUACAAGCAGUACGAGGACAUGGUGGUGGAGGCGUGCGGCUGCAGGUAGCCUGCGGGCCAGGCCGGGCCAGGGAGGGGCAGCCGCGCCACCGAGGACCCCCUGCUGCGGCCGGGGUCUGUCGCCGAGCGUGGGUGCGCAUCAGACUCUGGCCCCGCACCCGCACGAGGGAGGGGGAGCGCACGUUCACACUCACACCCACACACUCGUUCACUCACGCACGCAUUUAUCUUGGGCACCAAAGCCCUGGGAAGAGACGACCUGACGCUACCAAGCCGAAUGCGUACUCAGCCAAGGCACCAUCGCAUCCGCUAUCCCCUUUCGGAGGGAGGAUGGUGUUUGUGUUAACGUUGCAGUAACAGGCCCUAAAUGGGGGUAGAAAUGAGUUAGGGAAUUGGGGGUUCUAGAAUGGGUGAAUUAAUGGGAGUACGGGAGUAGGUUUAAUCUCACCCCUUUUUGUUUGAGGCUGAGUGUGGGGGAACUCCGGACUGGGUGGCUGGGUGCUUGGUGUUGCACCUGGGACAGUCAGAACGGCUGUCAUGCCCUUUCUGAAGGUUUUGCGUUGCAGGGAGGUCAUUUACUCUGGGAAGGAACCGGUGCGAAAGGCAUGUUUAUUCUUUAAUUGAAAAAAUCUAACAGGCGCCUUGAGUUUUGAAAGGGAACAUUUGUCCAAAAGAAUUCAUGGUGGAACUACCCAGAUCCCUGCAAAGGUCAGCACUACCCUUUUUAAAAAAUCAGUUCCAAUUGGGAAUGAUCUAGAAUGUGGAAAGAAAUGUUUUUCUUUUAGGGGAAAGUGAAGUGGAGGGGAGGUUUAUAAACGGCCAGUCUGAACUGAUACGAACUUGGGGGUGGGAUGGUAUGUGCCGGGUUCUGAAGCUCCUAGGUUGGGCAGCUCAGUGUGUAGGGGUGCCUUGGGGGGUGCUGAGGAGGAGGCUUAGUGCAGUGGCUGUGAAUGGGGAAAGGCAGGCAGCCGUGCUUUUCCUAGAGACCUGCCAGGAGGUUUUGCUGAAGAGCUGGGAAAGAGGCUCUUAGGGCUUGGAAAGAGGUGGGGGAGGCGUCCUGGGGCGGGCUUCUGCGGAAGACUCAGGCUUUUCUGCCAGGUAGGCACAACCCUCUCCAAAUGGUGUGCUCAGAAUGGGCCAACAUGUGCUUGCGUUUAGCUAUCAAGUCUGUGUUGGCUUUUACACGCUUUCGCUGUGUUGUUGCUGUAGGUUUUGGCAGUGCGAUAGUAACGGGAAGUGAAGCUACACAAAAGUGCUUUUGUGAGAUUUCAGCUCCGCACAACCCAGUGGUUCAGAGCAGGAGGAAGCCCCCCCCCCAACUUCUGCAGCAGUAGAGGGGCAUUAGGGCUUGGCUGUGGCCCCUUGAGAAGGGCGGGGCCUUUGCUCAGUGAGGCCCUUUGCGCGUUGGGGAGGACAGAGGUGGAAGCGUCUCCCCCAGUCCUGUCUUUGUCUCAUUGAUGAAGUACACUACCUGUACUUGCACAGGGAAGCUAGAACACGCCAGGCUACAUUGUUUUAUUUGGUUCAUUUCUAGUUGGGAGUCCUUUGUGGCUUUGUGUGAGUGGUUGACAGAGGGAGAAGAAACAAUUUGGAUUCCACCUGUCUGGGACUCUGAGGGCUUCUUUGAAAACCCCUGCACGCGCCCACCCCGUCCUCCUCUUGAAGGUUGUGUGGGCUGUUGCCUUUGGGGUCCAUUCUACCCUUGUCUUGGAUGCUAAGGUCCAGAUGAGUCAUACGAAUUUUAAUUCUCAGUGAUCAAACAUUCAAGAGAGAGGAAAACUAAACAUUUAGAUAUAGCUAAUUUAUUUAAGGGCCCCACCCGAGUCCAUGCUAUCCCGUAAAAUUCCCCCAGAGAAAAAGAAAAUACAUUUACAAUGUGAAUUUAUGUGCUGUAGUUAUCUGAGUCGCUAUAAAUAAUGAGAAAAGGAAAGUCUCUUUAGGUCAAAACACACAAAAUUUCUGAGGUGGCCGCUAUGGUACGCUUCCUCCCAAUUUCAGUGACCGGUGGUCCCUUUACAUUUAUGGAUUUUGCCAGAGAAGCUUCACAUUCCUAAACUGUUUUUAAUAAUUGCAUGGCGAUUGGUCUGUCAUAGCGAAGAACAAAAAAGAAUGACACUAAAAUAUUAAAGGUUGUAGUAUUCGAAGUUUUAGAAAGGGAGUUAAUGAAAAAACUAGCUAUACUUUGAAGAAAUUCUAGGUUAUUUAAUAUCUUGGACAAAAGGAAACAUUCUGAUUCUUUUUUAGCGACUAGGAAAAACAAGGUUUUUGAGAGGACCUGUUUUGACUUAGCCUGAGCUUUUUGUGGCAGGAAAAAUAUGUCCAUUUUCUCUGUUUUGUUUUUUUUUUUUCUUCUUCCCCUGAUGACCUCUUUCUAUCAAGAUGUGCUGUAAGUGGUGUAGAAGUAGGGGUCUUCCUGCAUCUGGAGUCCCGCCUGCAUGUUGGGGUGGGGGGAUGUCCUUGGGCAGUGACAGUUCCUCUAAUGGUCUCGAACUCCCUCAGUGUGUCCUUGGUGACUGACUAGAAGUGAUGUCUCCAGGAAUUGCUCUGGAGCUGCCUGUCACCCCCCCAGGGACCACCUGUACCUGCCACCACUCUGCUCCGGCCUCUGGCGUCUCAGAGUUAAAAGUAGGUGAAUGGAGGAGAUGUGUCACACUUUGUAGAAAUGACAGAAGGGCCACCACAUGUAGAGGCAGACGUGUUUUUGCUGCUAUGAUGUGGUCUGAGCUGCUUUGCCAGGAUUCGGAGAAGGAUUCUGCUGGCACGGUCGGCCCUACACUGGCUGUAUCUUCUAGGCAAGGGGGUGCGGGGCUGAGUCCCUCAGCUAGAAGCCCUGGUCCCCACCCAUGGGAGAGCUGUCUGCUCGCAAGCAGGGAUUCAGUGUGUCAGCACUGUGGGCGAAAGCAGUGCCCCCUUCCCAACUCAGGUUCCCCUGGGUCUGGGGCCACCACAAUAUUCUUCCUCAAUUCCCGCGAAUUUUCCAUUCUGUUGGGGGAGACCCGGGCUCUUCUAGUUGAGACCAUAUGAACUGCUCCUUCCUAAUAGAGAAUAGGGUGGGCGUCCCUGCUUGGGGAGCACAGGGCAGGCCAGCUGGGGCCCACGCAGGUUGGUGCUGGGUCUGCUAAACACGAAGACAGUCCGGUCACUGCUGCUGGAACCAGGUUUCUGUAUCAGGGGAGACAUUUCCAGUGGCGGACACUGCGCUCACUGAUGCCCAAAGGCUCGCCUUGAAUUCUGGCUUUCCAAGCAGCAGGGUCAGGUCCGCCGGAGAGGGUGGCAGGCUCUGCUGUCUCAGCUGGAGCUCUGCCCAUUCCUCAUGCACAGACUCCCCUUCAGCCUAGUGUGCCGCCAUUUUGGUACCACAGUGGCGUGGGGGAAGAGACGAGCUGUGGAUUGUGUGAUGUCCAGUCAAAUCCGGCAAGCCCAGAGCAGUGACUGCUCCCUGACAGUCUCCUGGAAGUGUCAGCAGGAGUGGGGACCUCACUGUCAGUGCUAAAGGGAGUACGGACCACCCUGUGGCUGUAAUCAGAGUGUAACUCAAAUCCUACAAGUCAUUUAUCCUGUUUGUAAUUUUAUUGAAACUCGUAGCAGAAAAUAACCUGGGAGUGUAGACCGAUUCUCUUCCUAAAGUGGGGAGGAAAAUUGAAUUCUUUCCAGGAGAAGCUUGUGCACAGAAAAAGGCAGACUCUUGCUUUGCUCGAAUCUGGUCUCCAGCAAAUGGGGCGAGAGGAAGAAGCAGAGCUACAGCCGUCUGUGGGACACAAACAUCAUGGGGGCCUCGCCGAUCACCUGAGAACAUGUCGAUGGGGAUGGGGAAACCUCCCCAGGCUCAGAAAGCAGGGCCCUCUCAGCGGUCCUGGGCCAGGAAGCCUCAAGCAGGUGCCCAGUGGGCUGGGAGGACCGAGGGUCUGGAAAGCAGCCUUCUGUCAUUGGCAGGGAAAGACCUGCGUGGUCCCCUCUGGUGUCUGGAUUGGGAAGGGAGGAGAGACAGCUGACAAGUGAGCCCAGCAGCUGCAAGAUGUUGGGAGUGAGAAGGGAGGGAACUAGCCCCCUCUGAGGGAGGUCUGAGCAGCACUGGUGUGUCUGGGGACUUCUGCGUACCCAGGAGGGGACCAUUCCACGCUGUCGUCUGCUGCUCACCUGCUGCAGGGUCACUUGGGGGCUAGAGCUCCACCUCCUGAGAGGUCUGGGACAGUGGUGGGCGGCCACCUCUGUACCCAGAGCUUCCAUUUCUGUUCCUGUAAAAUGAGAAGCUCUCCAGUCCCAUAGUUCUAGGGUUCUAGUUGGUCCAAAAGCGCACUAACAUAGUUUAAAGGCAGAGCAGAUGUGGCCGUUCCUGGAAAGUGUCCCUUCCCCACCCUAGAGCCACUUCUCACAAGUAUCACAGCUCCUGCCUAGUGUACGGGUGUGUGUCGAUUACAUUCCUGGCCUCUUUUGGUGCCUCAUAGAUGUGGCUUUGAUUUCCACCUGGGUCACAGCAGGUGCAGGGGAAGCCAAGAUCUCAGGGGUAGGGCUCAGCUCACCAAAGCCACGAUCUUUCCUGUGUUCCAAGUGAAGAGCCCCACCAACCCGGCUGGAGCUCCCCCAGGCUCACACGGCGGGGGUGGGGGUGGGGUAGAAUGUUCUGGACCAAAUCCUGGGACAGCUGCCACCUGCUGCUGGUGCCUCUGUGCGAGCAGCGGGAGCAAGCAAGCCCUGGUCCUACUGGGAGCCCGGCAGAGAUCUGGGACUGUCCCAGAGUCCCCGAACCAGGCAAGCAGGGCUGCGUAAGGGGGACAGGCCCCAGCAGGUCGCCGCAGUUCCCCAAACCCCCUUCACUACCAUGCCCGUGUCUGGUCCUUCUUGCUGGAGGAGUGACCCUCCUUAACAUUAAGCAACAGGGAGGCAUCGAAAAGAGGUUAUUUCUAAUUUUCAGGUGCUCUGUCCUUUGCGCUUAGAGCCCUCUGGCCGUUUAGGCUGGAGCAAGCUUCUUCCUCUUUUUGUGUCAUUUCUGGACUUUCAUCUGUUAAAUAGUUAAAUACCAAUGGGGCUGAAGGUGAGAAAAAGCCUGUUCUUGUCAGGAAGGCCACACGUCUCCACCCUGGACAGGUGGAGUCACCUGUCCAGAUGGCAGCUCUAGGAAGAGGGCAGGAAGUUGGUUUAGUAAAUCAGUGGGGACAACGGAGGGCUUGAUGCGUGCAGUGUGGGCUCUGAUUAUUGUUCAGGGGUACUCUCUGCUCAUGAGGCGCGCACACCUGGCGUCACCGGAGCCGGGCUUCUUCUCCCCCGACCCCAGAGCUGCCAGCGCAGGGGCCAUGCCUGAAACCGUCCUGGGACUUGGCCAUAGGCCUCCUGACUGGGCAGAGUUGGGGGGCACUUCACGGUGGCCACCGCCCGUUCUGCCGCCCAACAACCCAGGGAAGGGUGGAGUCAGAGCAUGAGGUCACAGAAAAGCUGGUCCGUGUUUCCAGUUGUGCUUAGAGCUGUUGAAAAGUGCAAGGGCGCCCUCCGAGCGGCACGACUGGUGGGCGAUGGUCUGCUUGCUUCUGCCUGUGCCUACCUCUGGGGAGCAGUCCUCAGGCCCCUCCGGCAGGGGUGGGUGUGCGUGUGUGCAGAGGAAGGGGCUGGUGUCUCCCGCUUCACAUGCCCCGACAUUGGCGAGAGGACUGCUGUGUGCACGGAGACUUCUGCAAAGGGGUGUUUUCUGUACUCAGGUGAGUCUGUGGGCAGGACCGCUUUGCACGCUGGCCUAGAAGACACUUCCUCCCCCUAGGUUAGAAGCUCUUCAUUCCAGACAGGCCCCUGAGGUAAGAGCAAUAGUGCAGACACUCUUUCUCUUUUUUCUAAGCGAUAGGAAGCUGAAAUGAGUUGUUUAGAAAAACAAGGACAGGCUUCUGAUGGCCGUGUCCCAGGCACCUUGCGGCUGGGUAGCACAGCCCUUCCAGGAGGUGGCCAGCUGCUUGGUUUCUCCAUUUCUAUUCUAUUCCACCAUCUUUCGAGCUGUUGGUGAACAGGAGCGUGGUGCGGGGGCAGCUGGACUGGGCCGUGCAGGAGGAGGGCUGGUCUUCUUUGCAAAAUCCUCCUGGCGCUGCUCCAUCUGACCCACCGGUCAUGGCAGUGACCACACCCAGCUCCUGCGACAAGAGCCGAGGGCCGGGGCGAGAUGCCUGUGCUAAGCCCACAUCCUGCUCAGACACUUAGUGGCAGAACCUAGAACCUUGUCUGAAGCUUCUGGGGCUGAGGUGUGCCUGUGUGGUUGGCAGAAACCAGAGGCCCUGUAAGGCUUAUUCAUUGGAGUGUUGCUGAACGGGCGGGGACCCCAAUCCCAUCUGGGGCACCCAGACUAACCGGCCCCUGAGGCCCCCCCACCCCGGCUGCAGCACGGGAGGGGGCUUGGUGGCCCGGUGCCUGGGCACACAACCCACAGCCCUCUUACCCAACAAGCCCGGCCUGUCGCAGACCGCACCUGUGGGCAGCCCUCGCCUGCACUUGUCAGCCGAGCGCGUCUGAAAGGCAAGCCUGACAAUGUGCCGGGGAAGUCUUCCCUGGUCUGCGUGUUUCUGUCCGAGUGGCCGGAGGCUGCUGGGGGCAGAAGACGACACGUGCAUCCCAGGAGUCCUGAGGCUUCCCUGGGGGCUCCGGACAGCAGCAGCGUGCCUGGGGAUGAGCAGGCUGGCUGGAGGGCUCGGUGCACCAGCAAGGAGGGCUUCUUUUUCUCUGCAAUUUAUAUUUCCAGGUCAGGGCCUAUCAGAGUCCGAGGAAAGCCGGCCAUGCAGCAUGCUGUUUAGAAAAUGAUGAUACAUGUUGGGAGAAAGCAAGAAUGUAUUUCCUGGCUGGGAAAUCCUGGAGGGUUCCAAGCCAGGCACAGAGACUCUGGAAAGCCGAGCUUUCAGAGAGCUCCUCUGGCUGUCUCCACCUCGGAUAAGUCACCGUCCGAACAUAAGCUUCCUUACGGUAACUGCUGUUCUGUUGUCAUGGCGGUUGUUUGGGGUGUUUUGUUUUGUUUUUUUGUAGUCCACUGUUUAUGGUAGUGUAAACAGCUUCUGUGUUUUCUGUGACAAAGAAUCAUAACUGAGUCACUUUAGGUCUUUCAGCUGGAAGUAUUUUGCCCCCAAAAAGUUAAUGCAUUUUUUUUUUUAAACAAGGAUUAGCAUGCUGACUGCAGUUUGCCGUUCAGCGGAUGAGAAUAGAGGAUUCUGAACAGUUUGGAAAACUUUAAAAUAUAUAUAUAUAUAUGUAUGUAUAUCAAGAGGUUGCUGCUGAACCCUGGCACCUGGCUCACGGCGUGCCUCCGUCUGCGUGGGCAGCAGCAUCUGACACGACGGGUGCCCUGCCUCUUAGCCAGCACCUGGACUCUGCCGCCAGUACUGUGGUUCUGAGGAAACGGGCAAAACUCGAAGUGACAGUAGUGCCAUCACAGCUCCAUACGCACACUCCCUCCGCAGCUGAAGACAGGAGGUAUUAUGGGGGGGGGCGAAGUCCCUUUCACUUUGCAAGGAUACCCACUAUUUCUCGGCUUGCCUCGGGAGAAAGAUGGGGAAAGUGGUGAGAAUUGUAAACUCAUUGAAUGCAAGCUGGAAUGUCUUCCUGCUCUGGUUUGGCCAGAGCAGAGCUCCGAGGCUGGGAGGCCCUGAGACCCAGCCAUCUCCCCGCUGCUCUGCCGGGCGGCUGCGGCAGCAGGAGCUCAUGUUGUGAACGCUGCGCCCGCCCAGGCCGGCUGACAGGGAGCUCAAGGUCAGGCACAAACCCACUGUGUAUACGUAUUCUCAAGUUUAAAUAGAUUGUACAUAUCGGAAUGUAAAUGAACUGUAAAACAGCAAUCUCUAUUUUUCUUGACAGUUAUAUAGCAGUAUAUAUAUUUCUUAAACAUGCUCUUGUACGCUCUUCCUUAACCAUUUUAAUAUUUUGUACAGACAAGUUGAUUAAAUAUUUUAUUGAUGGA